UUCCAGGUUGUUAGUGACAGUUUGGCUCUUUCCUGUAAAUGCCACGGUGUUUCUGGCUCGUGCAAUAUAAAGACAUGCUGGAAAUCUUUGGCCGAUUUCCCCGUUAUUGGCGUGGAACUAAAGAAACGCCAUUCUUUGGCCGUUGAAGUCAAGACAAAGAGGGUGAAGAAGAAACGAAUAUUUGUUCCUUUAAGGACGAGAGAGCAGCCUAUACGACCGGAUGAGUUUAUAUAUUACACAAAAUCUCCUGAUUAUUGUCACAAAGAUCCAGAGAUUGGUUCUGUAGGAACAUAUGGACGGUUCUGCGACCGAACUCGCAGUGGGACCGGUGGGUGUGGCACAAUGUGCUGUGGGCGUGGCUACCAUACAUUUGUGCGGACGAUAUCAGAGAGGUGCAGAUGCCAGUACGUGUGGUGUUGUUAUGUGAAAUGCGAUGCUUGCACAAAACGUAUAGAACUGAGCACAUGCAAGUAACCCCUUGUGAAAAUUGAACCUGCAGCAUAUUCUCAACCAUGUUUUCACCACCAACAACACCAACAACAACAACACAAACAGCACCAUUACCGCUACUACAACAACACCAACAUUAACAUCGACCAAACACCAACAUUACUACAACGACUAUCACCACCACCUACUUCUACAACUACAACAGCUACCUACGUUACUAAAAACUGCAAGCGUAACAGCAGUACAAGUACCAUCGUACCACCACUACUACACUAUUACCAGCAUCACCUAUACUGUCUCUCAGCACCACUGUCACUACCACCAAUACCAUUACUAUAACCACCACCAGAAUAUACACUAAGCAACCGCUCACACUACAUCACAAACACUCUGACAACAACAACAUUUAACCCUAACCCCCACCUCCCGCAAAAACCUCAACACCAUACUAACAUACCAUGAAAACCAUCCAGUCAUCACCGAUAACACUAACAUCUCUAUGACACCACCACCACCACCACCACCAUACCACCCGCAACAAUAACCACCAAAAAUUACAAAACUCUCAUUACAGAUACAGACUGUGGGCAUUCAAGCAGUUUUGAAAGGGGAAUUUUCCCACCCACUUUCUUUUUUUGCAGUUGGAUUUGUCUCCCUUAAGCAUUGUUUGGUUUAAUGAAAUAUUGGUCGACGAUAUUUAUCGAUUCUCAAAACAGACACAGUCUUCGUCAAUUCAUCUUAUCGUGCUGGCCAUGUAGCACUAGCACGUAUUUCACUUUACAUUUAUACGUUAUUAUGUAUGUAUACGUAAGGUUAUAUAUAGAUCUAUAUAUAUAUAUAUAUACAC